CGUUAAAACCCUAAACCCUUUCUUCUUCUGAAGAAAGAAACCAUUGUCUCACCCAAAAAAAGGAGAAGAAAAGAAUGCGGCCUCCUUUCAAUUCCUUCCAUCCCCAGCCGCGGCCACGUCCACAGCAUCAGAAUCUUCAUCGGCCUCCUAAUGGGUUUCAGAACCAUUUGCAACCCCAUCAUAUGGGUAUGACGAAUCCACAAUUGAUGAGCAAUCCAUUGAUGGGUCACUCGAAUAAUGCCAUGACGGGAUUGCAAUUGCAUCCUCAGUUUUUCGCCAAUCAUCUCUCCAACAUGCCUCAACAACAGCAACAGUUCCCUCAGUUCUCUUUUUCCGACAAUAACAUCAACCACUUACUUCCGAAUCUAUUGGGGAAUCUUCAGUUUGCAGUAGCUAAUUCUAAUCUUCUGGGUCACUCGCUUCCCCUGCUUCAGCAAAACUUUGUCCAACCUCCGCCUCUCGACCUAUCUGCUCUGGCUUCUUCUCAACCGCAACUCAAUCCAUAUAACUCUAUUAGUUAUCCUUCAAUUCCGACGCAGCAUCAAAAUCACAACUUGCAGCAGCGUCCUCCGGCUUUAUCCGAGUCGCAGCCACAGGGGCAAUCUGUGAAUAAUGUCAACAGCAUCAACAACGUUUCGGGUUCCAAAGGGAAUGAAUUGCAAAAUCGAUUUACAAAAAAUUCACAUUUCAGAGUCAGAGGCCAUUGUCAGGGACCUCAGAGACCUCAGUUCCAUCAGGCAAAUAACAUGAAGAGAAAGUUUGGGUUCCAUAAGGAUCACAAGGGAAAAGGGCACUACAAUAAGAUGGGAGCUGAACUAAAUGGAUCAGAUUCUGCCAACAUAGUUAAGGAAAAGAAAAGGUAUCUGGUACAUGCUUUUAAUGUUAUUUUUUGUUCUCAACAUCGGAUUGUCUUCCUGCUUGAUCAUAAGCUCAAUGGGGAGAAUUUUGCUGCAUAUUACGAGCUUUUAACAUUGUUUCUGGUUGGAAAGCAUGGAAUAAUCAUCGAGUUUACUGAUCCUGAGCGUAAUACAAGGCGAAGUGCCACAUAUUUGCCCGAGGUACCAGCUCAUGAAGGAUGUGGAUACGUAAUCUGUUUCGGUGAGCGUCGGAAAAACUAUCCAACGAAAGUCAAUGUUGAAAAGAAGCUUAAGAAAAAUAAUUCAGAUUGCAAUGUUGAUGAGGAAGCAAAAACCCGAAGCCAGCAACUCAAGGAGAUUUUGGCGAAGCAGGCUGAGUUGGGUGUCGAAGUUGCGGAAGUUCCGUCGUAUUAUUUCUCGAACACAAGUGAAGAAGCUAAUGGAGAUAAAGAGAGCAAUGGGCAGUUGGUUAGGAGCCGACAGGUUCAUGAGAAGCAUGACCGAAAAGGGAGAUUUCAGAGUAGACAUGGUAAGAGGAGACAUGGCGAACGUGACAAGUUUAGUAAGAAACCGAGGUUCCAAGACAAAAACUCAACCAAAGAAUCUUCCGUGAUCGCGAGGAAACCCACUCUUCUCGAGAAGCUCCUGGAUGCGGAUGUAAAAAGGGACAAACACCGGUUAUUGCAGGUCUUUCGGUUCAUGGUAAUGAACGAAUUCUUCAAGGAGCAACCUUUGAAGUUGCCUUUGGUUCUGGCCGGAGAGGAUGGUCGUGAGCACAACGGGAGAGAUUCCUCUAGGCCAUUUGAGGGCACCACAACUGAUAUAUCACAUGUAGACCAUCAAAAUCAUGAUGAUGAUGAUGAUGGAGCAAGUUCUGAUGGUGAUGAUGCUGUUGUGAACGAGAACGGUGAUGAAGUCGCUAGAUGAGCAUUGAUCGAGAAGGGACAUUAUGGUAACGAUCGAGAAAUCAAAGAAUUUCCAGGUAAGAAGAGAGAUCAGAUGUUGUAGUGAACUCGAUCUUGUGAGCAGUAAAGUAUAAUACGUGCUGUUUAGAUAUAUGGAUAUGCAUGUCUCGACCUCGAAAUGCAAUAAAAAUAAUUAAAUCUAAAUAUUA